UGCGGUCCGGGCUGGGUGAACUGCCAGCCGGGUGAUUGUCGUGAACAACAGACGCAGUGCUGGCUCCAAUCUUCAGCUCUCCCGUAGUCAAACUGGAUGGGGAACUCCGUCGGAGCGGACAGUGUGAGCUUUUAACGCAGGACUGGAGAACAUUGAGUGAAAAACCUCCAUAUCAACAUAUCAACCAGGAUGUAACAAAGCGCCUACAAGAAUGCUAAGUGGAACAAAAGAUACUUCUUGUGACACGCCUUCGCGCUGAAGUCUCAGCGGACAGAACUAAUCGGCAGCUAAACCGGCUAAAGCUAGCUAAUCUACAUUGUGGGUUUAACUAGCUGCGAGGAGCUCACGGUCUGUUUCAACUGCCUUUAAAUGAGCCACGGUGCUGUGGAGUUCACAGCUCCCAUAUAUCAGGGUUCCUACCAGCAGCACCCCGUUAGCGCCUCUUAACUCGGCUAUCUGCUUAACUGGUUGAAAGCAUCCUUUCCGGAGUGGAUCUCAUUGACUUCAACUCGCCAUGGCCGCAGUGGUGAGCUACUCUCCACCAUGGUGGGUCAACCUGCUCCACAGACUGCCCCACUUCAACAUCAAGUUCGAGCAAACCAGCAGUGAUUUCAGACCAGAAGACUGGGCAUACCUAGAGUCCAUCCUGCUGCUGGGAGGUGUGGCGCUCGCCUGUUUGGCGCUGGACCUCUUGUUCCUGCUCUUCUAUUCCAUUUGGCUGUGCUGUCGGCGGAGCAAAAGCGAGGAGCAGCCCAACGCCGACUGCUGCUGCACUGCCUGGUGUGUCAUCAUCGCCACCCUGGUGUGCAGCGCUGGCAUUGCUGUCGGUUUCUAUGGGAACGGCGAGACUUGUGACGGGGUGAAUCGGCUGACGUAUUCCCUCCGCCAUGCUAACCACACAAUCACCGGCGUGCAAAAGCUGGUAUACGACAGUACGUCCUCCCUGAACCAGACAGUAGAUGCUAACCUGCAGCAACUUGAAGGCCAGUAUGCACAACACGCAGACUACCUGUCCAUCAUCCAAAAGCUGCAGGGCCAGCUGGAUGAGCUGGUCAGACAGAUGGUGGCCAUCCCCUUCUGGGACAACACUAACAUCUCCCUGGAAGAUUUGGCCGUCAAGAUUGAGCUAUAUGACUGGUACAGGUGGCUGGGCUACAUAGUCCUUCUACUGUUCAAUGUCCUCAUCUGCCUUCUCGUCCUGUUUGGCCUCAUUCGCAACUCCAAGGGAACACUCAUAGGGGUGUGCUUGUUUGGUGUCGUGGCUCUCAUAAUCAGCUGGGUCUCACUGGGGAUGGAGCUGGCUGUCUCAGCGAGCUCUAGUGACUUUUGUGUGGCUCCUGAUGCAUAUAUUACCAAAGUGGUGGACCAGUAUGGAGUCAUUAAUCAAGAAACCUUGCAGUACUACCUUAGUUGUGGUUUGGAACAGACCAACCCCUUCCAGCAGAGGCUUUCCGGGAGUCACAAAGCAUUAGUGGAGAUGCAGGACGAUGUGUCUGAGCUGCUCCGCUCAGCUGCCAGAGAAUACAAAAACACCCAGGAAAGUUUGGAAGAGAUCCAGGGGAUACUGAACUCCACAGAGAUCAGCCUUCAUCAGCUCACUGCUCUGGUGGACUGCCGCAGCCUGCACAUGGACUACGUCCAGGGCAUGACCGGACUGUGCUACGACGGGCUGGAAGGCCUCAUCUACCUCGUGUUCUUCUCUUUCGUCACCGCUCUCAUGUUCAGCUCGAUUGUCUGCAGUGUGCCUCACACCUGGCGGGGGAAGCGGAGCGAUGACGACAGCGAAGACGAGUCUGUGAGCCACGGAGGGAGGCAAAACCAUGACAACCUGUACCGGGUCCACAUGCCCAGCCUGUACAGCUGCGGCAGCAGCUACGGCAGCGAGACCUCCAUCCCGGCCACCGCGCACACCGUCAGCAACGCACCCGUCACCGAGUAUAUGGCUCAGAACUCCAACUUCCAGAACUCUCGCUGUGAAAACACGCCGCUGAUCGAGCGAGAGUCUCCUCCUCCCUCGUACACCUCCAGCAUGCGGGCGAAGUACCUGGCCAACAGCCGACCAGAUCCCAACAACCCACCAGCACAUUAGACUCCAUCGAUGUCCAUAUCUCAUCCGGUCUGCAGCACUGACCUCUCUGAAGACUCCUCCGGUCAUCACACCUUUCAUGUGGUUCUCUGCGUUUUGCCUCCAUUUACUGUCUCACUUGAUUUAAACCAAAUGUGCUUUUCACUGGUUUGUUGAAGCAGAAUUUGAGGACGUCAGUCCAGAUUUCAUCUCACGGGUCAGGGGUGCAGGUAGUGCUUCUUAACACAUGAGUCAUCACUGGUGCUGAGACUGUAGCUCUGAGGUGAUAAAGCCCAGACAUCCCCCCCCCCCGCACACAUGAUUACAAAAUGAGAAGUACUGUGACACAUGAAACAAGGUGUUGCCAUGGUGAGGGGGCGUGCUCGCAGACUGACGCCGGUGUUUUGUAAAGUACUGUACCAUACUCUUGUCUUUUCUGUGGGAGGGAAAUACCUGACAUUUACAUACAGGAGGAACCCCAAUCGAUAGAAACCACCUUUUGACACUCUGUCGUAGUCUAGUUGACAUGGGUGAGAACCUCAGCUCCUCAGGACUUCUUCCUGCUUGUGAAACUUGAAAAGCAAUUUAAUGUUUGUGUGUGUAUGUGGCACACACACAACACACUCCCCCAGGAAUUUAGCUGAAUAUCUGAUGGGACCAGCCGUUCUGUGGCAUCGCACAUCUUACAGCGGACUUAUGUAAAUCCUUCUGAAUGCUUGCUUCUCUUCCUGCUUUGGGAUUCUGUUUUCUGUCUUUAAGUAGUGACGAGCCCCAUUUCCACAGCAGUGACUGUAUAGCGUGAUGCCGCUUUGAGCCAGACAGAUUGGACUGGAUCUGUUUCCUUUUAUAGAUAAUGAUGAUGAGGCAGAAAAGUGUCACUUCACACACUGUCAGUUCAACUAAAUGCUUGUUAGGUCUCCACAUACCCGUAAAUCCUUUUAUUCCUUACUCCACACUCCCUUUUACCCCGGCAACGAAAAUCUCCACCAGUGAUUUUAAUGCAGAUUUCCACAAAGACGCUCCCCUCCCAAGAGAAUUUGCAGUUAUGCAUUGCCAAUGCAGUGUCUCACAAAUGUGUUUUAGCAUUUAUAGAAAAGUAGAAAAUUGUGAGCGGAUGCUGUGAAGAGAUUGUGAAAACUCCGCUCCGUGUAAAAGUGAAACUCUUUUCCCUGUCGAAGCAUGACAAACCUUCAUCUGUGAGGUGAGCUGUUUGUACCUCUGUCGCCUCAGCUUGCUUCUUAUUGAUGUGCUCUCUGACCGUAACGAGGCGACGUCGAGACUGUGCCAACAAGUCAAGCACAACUCUUUUACUACCUGUUUUAGAUAUGUUAUUAAGUCGACAGCUUUCAAAACCAUCUUUGCUUUCCUCAGCGUUAUUCCACUGCUGAUUUUCUUUUUUGGUGGUCUUACUAUUCUCUGCAAUUCUAUGAUGCUACAAAUGAAUCAUUACAAAAGACUUCAGAAUUUCUCAAAGUCAAUAUUUUAAUUUCUCAAAAACUUCUCAAAUGGCCCAUGAUUUUGGAUACUAUUUGAUUCGCUUUUAGUUUUGUUUCUCUUUUUUAAUUUCAGUUUAGAAUGAUAGCAAACACAGUGUGUUGCUAAAUCAAUGUGAAUAUAAAUAGAUGAAUGGUUCUUUUUGGUGGAAAAAUCACUGUAGAUGUGAUCUUUUUUUUUAUAAACAUCAUUUUGUAACGUGUAAAUGUAAAAGCUGUGGUUAUACUGAGUUUGAAUGCUGUGUUUUGAAAUAAAAGAAAUCGUAACUGAAAUGC